AUGAGCACCUGGAGAUAAAGACCGAGCUUGCAGAUGUCUCUCCAGAAUCUCUCAGUUUCAGACUCACUGCACAUAGCAAUUUUGGCUUCCAUACUUUCUCUUACCAUUUACUGGAUCAUCAGAGACAGAUACAGAGUGAGAAAUCUGAAUGGAAAGCAUGUCUUCAUAACAGGCUGUGACACUGGACUUGGAAACUCACUGGCUAAAUGGCUUGACAAAAAGGGAUUUUGUGUCAUUGCUGCAUGUGCCACCGAAAAAGGAAGCCAAGAGCUACAGUCCUGCUCUUCACUCUCACUGAAGACAGUGAAUCUGAACUUAGCAGACUCCAACAGCAUUGCCAGGGCUGUGGUGUUUGUGACUGAACAGACAGCUGGCAAGGGGCUUUUUGGCUUGGUGAGCAAUGCUGAAGGAACAGCACCUGUAGGACCCACUGACUGGCUGAGGAUUGAAGACUUCCAUUCAGUCCUGGAUGUUAGCCUGCUGGGAUUGAUUGAAAUCACGCUCAAGCUUCUGCCACUUCUGAAAAAAGCUGAGGGAAGAGUUGUCAAUCUAAUUAAUGCCAAAGGCCUCAUGGCUUUUGUAGGCAGUGGCUACAGUCUGUCCAAAUGGGGCAUGGAAGCUUUCUCUGACACCUUACGGAUAGAAAUGCAGCAUUUUGGAGUGAAAGUAAGCAUUGUUGAGCAUGGUUUCUUUAAGGCAGAAGAAGUUAAUUCAGAUAUCAUCGAGAAAUACCUCUUCAAACUUUGGAACAGAUUGACUCCUGAGAUCAGGGACUCCUAUGGAGAAAAAUACUUAAUUGAAUAUAUAAAAGCCCAAAGAACCUCAGUGAAAAGACUGUGUGACUAUGAUAUUUCUAAUGUCAUAAAAUGCAUGGAACAUGCCCUGAUAGCAAAGUACCCCAGGACACGAUACAGAGCUGGAUGGGAUGCAAAGUUCUUCUGGCUGUUUCUCUCCUAUGCCCCAAGCUGUUUGUCUGAUAUGCUGUUGCGCAUUACAUUUCCCGCUCCAGCAGAGAGCAGGAGACCAGUUCAUGGAGUUCUAAUUAAUGUCUAGUAUUAAAACAGUAUCAUCUGUGCAGAAAUAAAUGUUUAUCCUAU